CGAAUAUCACUAUAAAAUUAUUUAUUAAAAGUAACAUUUGUAAUAUCCAUAAAACCUAUUGCUUUCGUUGAUUGUAAUAAAUGAAGUGUAGAUGUCACUUUGUUUUUCCUAUUUUGGAGCAAGCUUGUCGCGGUGGUAAAAUAUAGUGUUUUUGAUUUAAAAUAGUUAAAUUAAAAUAAUAAAAUAAAAUGGCAGGUUUUUUAACCAGACGUUUAGCACUAUCGACAUUAUCUUUUUGUGAAAGUCGCGUAAUAAUUGUAUCUAAUGCUUCUCAAACAGUGCUUUCAAGAAAAUUUUCCGUUUCUCCAAGAAGCAAGGCCUCACAGGCUCCAGUUGGUUUUAUAGGCCUAGGAAACAUGGGCUCACACAUGGCAAGGAAUUUACUAGAUAGAGGUCUCUCUCUAGUGGUUUAUGACGUUUACCCAGAAGUUAUGACUUCACUGUCUGACCAAGGUGCUCGAAUAGCCCAGCAUCCAGCAGAAGUUGCUGAAAAAAGUGAUCGCAUCAUAACAAUGUUGCCAUCCAACCAACACGUUCAAGCAGUUUACACUGGGGAAAAUGGCAUUUUCAAGUUGGUGUCAGAAUUUAGUGUAAAUCUGUUAGUUGUGGUUUAGUAAAGCUAACUUGCU